AUGCUCAAAAUUGCCAAUCCGACAACAGCUACUGAUACAACAGACGCCAACAUUCAAACUGACACAGGAGUGCCGUCGCAAAUUGUUUAUCAACCGCUUUCCACCAACCAAGGAGCAUUGGAAGUAUCAAAUUGUGAUAUUUCGGUCGAACAAAGUAGUACAGAUGAAUCUACAGUUGAAAAUGGCUACCCUCAAGUCGGUCGAACCAGUGCACUGUUACAAUUAGAGCACGAUACGGCUAACCAGAUCAAUGACAUAAUAUUAAAAGACGACACAGCUUCAGUCUAUGCUGAAUCCACAGAUGACGAUGACGACAACAGUCUAUCAUCGUCAAAUUCUAGCGUGCCAGAGAUAGGUGAGACAACGCCAGUGACAACAGCCAAUACUACUACGACUAAUCUGAUCAAACAGAACUCGCCGUUUGUAACAGAAAAUGUAAUGAAAAUAGCCUUGUCCUAUUCGAGCGAGAAACGCAAAAGAGUGCUCAAUAUUGCUCGUAUUCUGAAGAGCCAUGCCACUUCGCCCAAUUGUCCUCAUCCUGUCUUCUUCGACAUGGAUUUUCAGCAUGAAGUUUGUCGAUUGAAUGGUGUCAAUCACUUGCAAAGCAUUUAUCGGAAUGCUCACUUAGUCGUUGUAUUUUUGUCACCUUCUUAUCAUAAGUCAAAUUACUGCAAUAGUGAAUGGAGAACAAUUAUCCAGCGCUUUCUUUUCGACGGAGAGAAUCGAGAUUACACACAAUUACUUCUUGUCAAACUCGGCGAUUAUGACAUGAACCGUCUCGGCCUUGUCGAAAGUGAUUUUCCUGUCAAUGGACUACGCAUGAGCAAUGCAAAAAUCGCUGAGCUAAUUAGCCGCCGAUCGGAGCUCGUAGAAAAAGAUCUUGAGAUGAAGGAAACAUGA